CAGGCCUCCCUUCUCUAGUUCCUGUAUCAGUGUAGUUACAUCACCUUGUAUACAUCAACCUGUACCCCUUACCGUGUAUUCUAUUCCUAGUAUACAUAUCCACCUAAACCCGGAAUAUGAGAGCCAAUAUCUUAAAUACAUUUUCCCCGCUGCUCCGUGAUAUAUUGUGAGGUUGGAUUAAACCCAGGAUGUUUCUUCUCCUGAUAGUACUAGCCAUGCUUGGGGUCAACUCAGGGUCCGGGAUGGAUCCAGCGCAGUGCUCCAAGGAUCAUAUCCGGUCAUCUCUUGGUUUGAUUGCAGGAUGUGAGCCUAGAGAUGUUGUUGUUCAGCUUCCUUGGCCCAAUCAUACAGAUAUACAACAGAUGACCCCGACUCAUGUACUGGUUAAACAGUGUACAGGAGGAUGUACACCACUAGAGCCAAGCUGUCUACCCAGUACUGUACAUAAACUUCGAGUUCCGGUCCUGGUUGCUAAAUGUGGUAUUUCACUUGGUAUGUGUGACAAGGAGUGUGCCAGCAUAGAAAUUGAAGAGCACACAGAAUGUAAAUGUGCAUGUGCACUAUCCCCAAUAGACUGCACCGAGCGCCAGCAAUUUGUAUCCUCCGAAUGUGCGUGCAAGUGCACAAAUACAAACGAGCGACGCGAGUGUUACGAAAGUGGAAAAGUUUGGAAUCCAUCAAGUUGUGAAUGCACCUGUCCAGCUCAUAAAUGUUCUCUAGGCGCGCACUUGGACGAGUUGACCUGCAUGUGUGCUGCCAUCGUAGAUUUCAACGAGCGGAGUUUAUUAAAUUUAUCUAAUGUUGAGUUGAUGAGUCUUGAAGUUCUAAUCAUUAUAUUUCUUGUAUCAACAGUUACAGUUCUCUUCCUCUUGUUUCUCUGUUUGGUUUGGAAAUUACGAAGAAUGAGAAGGAUUGAGGGAAGGAAACGUCUUGUUCCUUCUACACUCUCAGGAGUAUAUCUAUCCAGUACUGAUCCCUGUACAGAUCUCAAGGAAGGAUUGAGACGAAGAGACGAUAUCAGAGAGCUCAGAGAACCCGGCACAGAUUCGUCCCACUGCUCAUCGUCCUCCUGUCACCAGUCGUCCAGCAACCAGUCGUCCUGCAGCGAACAGUCCAUAGAGAUACUUCCAGUCAAUCAUAGCCUAGCUAUUAAAACAGGAACCCUUAGGAGAAAAGUGCCAGGUGAUCUAGGGUAUCAAGAAUAUGUAUCAUCUGGUGUGCAGUACACAAUAAACAAACAAUAAAACCGGUUCAACCAUAUAUGUGAUGUACUUGUACUUGUACAUAAAUCUAUAGCAUAAAAGUUGUUGAUACUAAUGCUUUUUGUAAAAAUGAAAAUUGUAAAGUAAAAAUGACCCAGUGACAACCGAACAAAAAUUUACAAUUGUAUAAUGUAAAAAAUUCCAAAAUUAUAUUUUGGGAGCUUAUUCUUCAACCUGUAGUAAUCUAAUUACGUAGAAAAAUAUUUAAGCUUUGUGCCGAUAAUUUUCUUCUACCUUGUAAAGUAUUAUUUGAUUUUAUCUUCAAUAAUUUAAAUAUGAAAUAGUAUCUUUAAUACUCUCCAAUGGCUGCCGCCUAGCCAAAACAAUCAAUGCAUAAAGAUAAAUUAUAGAUAAAGUUGAAUCAAUAAACCUUUUAUAUUUAA